AUCGAGGGAUCACUCUAUUGUCAAAGCGAGCUGCAGAAAUGGAAGCUCUGCUCUGUAAGAAACUGGGCGACCCCACACUCUCGCCGGUCCCAUCCUCCGGUGAAGAAUCCGACGGGUCCCCAAUAUUCUUAGACAAGAAUCAUCCAAUCCCGAAAUUGACCAAGCCCACCUCGGUUCUUGUCCGAGUGAAGGCCACCAGUAUCAACUACGCCAAUUACCUGCAGAUUCUGGGCAAGUACCAGGAGAAGCCUCCGCUGCCCUUCGUUCCCGGGUCCGAUUACUCAGGCACCGUGGAGUCGGUUGGUCCCGGCGUCUCGAAGUUUAAGGUGGGAGACCCAGUUUGCUCCUUCACCGCUCUUGGGUCGUUUGCUCAGUUCAUUGUGGCCGAUGAGAGGGAAUUGUUUCGGGUCCCAGAAGGGUGCGAUCUCAUGGCUGCUGGUGCACUUCCUGUUGCGUUUGGGACAUCGCAUGUUGCCCUUGUUCAUAGAGCUCGAUUGACCUCUGGUCAGGUUCUGCUGGUUCUCGGUGCAGCUGGUGGAGUCGGGAUUGCAGCUGUUCAAAUCGGAAAGGCUCGUGGAGCCACUGUAAUUGCUGUCGCUAGGGGAGGCGAGAAAGUGCAGUUCUUGAAAUCGCUGGGGAUUGAUCAUGUUGUAGACUUGAGCAGAGAAAAUGUUACUCAAAGUGUCAAAGAAUUUCUCAAGGCUAGAAAGCUUAAAGGGGUCGAUGUGUUGUAUGAUCCAGUUGGAGGCAAGCUCACUAAAGAAACGAUGAAGCUUUUAAACUGGGGUGCGCAAAUUUUGGUGAUCGGUUUCGCCAGUGGAGAGAUCCCUGUCAUCCCUGCAAAUGUUGCCCUUGUGAAGAAUUGGACUGUGCAUGGACUUUACUGGGGCAGCCACAAGAUUCAUCGGCCUGCUGUGCUUGAAGAAUCUCUAAAUGAGCUGCUUUCUUGGUUAUCGAGAGGCUUGAUCACGAUCAAUGUAUCUCAUUCUUACAGACUCUCAGAGGCCAACCUCGCCUUCUCUGCAAUCAAAGAUAGAAAAGUGAUCGGGAAGGUGAUGGUCAUCUGCGAUGAUUCCAGGAGCCUGAGGUCAAAAAUAUAACUCUCUUCAUGAUGCAAAUCUGUUUUUAAGCUUCGUAACAUCAGGAAGCUGUCACAGAGAUCCAAGAAUAGACAUUCUGUAUCAUAAUAAGUGAAACGCUAGUAAAAUUCAAUAAUUCCUGAAUGUUACAUAUGUACUCUCUCACUGCAAUGUUGAUCUCUGCGAUGUAUUUGCUAUU